UGGGAUUUCUUAUUUUGGUUUUCUGCGGCGUUCAUAGAUAUUGCUAUAGAAUCAAAGCAAACAUUGACAUAUAUGCCGCUCUGCAUAUUCCCAGGAUCCGUAGGAACAUAUUGACAUGCGCGAGCUCCCACUUCUUGGGGCUCCCCUUUGGUUGGCCAUCCAGCACGUACCAAAGCCACCAACAGAUCAUGCCUCUAGCGGGCAUCAACUCUGCAAGGUAUGUGGCGAGGAAAGUGACCUUCGGCUCCAACCUGCUGGGUGAUUCCAGCAUGCUGCACCAAUGGCACCCUCGUCCCCCCCGGUGCAACAUGGAGAGUCUCACAGAUAGGGCACGUUCCCGGCGUGCCAGAUCCCAGGUGCACACACAAUGGCUUUGUCCGAAUUGCGACCAUGUCUCUGAGAGCGCGCAUUCCCAGGCCCUUUUUGGCGGAUAGCCCGGGGGUGGGAAGGACCC